AUUCGCCUUGUGAGCAGCUGUCAUUUGAAACACUUUUGAUACCUCUGUGAUAAUUAUUGGAUUUAAUGUUGGCGCGCCAAACAGUACUAUUGCUAAAAUAUUCCAAGUUUCGGUAUUUCGUCUUUUGUUGUGAUAAAUAUAUAAAAUGCAAGCUUUUCUGAAAACUGGCAAAACUACUGCCCAUGAUAAGACGCAGAGUGGUGGCUCCUCGGUUACCGCUAGCAGCAGUGGUGAACGUCGUAAACCACCGGCACCUUGGGUUGAAAAAUAUCGCCCAAAGAGUGUGGAGGAUGUUGUCGAACAGUCAGAGGUGGUGGCAGUUCUGCGCAAAUGCGUGGAGGGUGCAGAUUUACCAAAUAUGCUUUUAUAUGGCCCACCUGGAACUGGUAAAACCAGUACAAUAUUGGCAGCCGCACGCCAAAUUUUCGGGGAUCUUUAUCGCGAUCGCAUACUGGAGCUAAACGCUUCGGAUGAACGUGGCAUUGCAGUAGUACGCACAAAAAUCAAGAAUUUUGCACAACUGACCGCGAGUGGCACACGACCAGAUGGUCGCCCAUGCCCACCUUUUAAAAUUAUCAUACUUGAUGAAGCUGAUUCAAUGACACAUGCUGCACAGGCUGCUUUACGUCGUACCAUGGAGAAGGAAAGUCGCAGUACACGUUUCUGUUUGGUGUGCAAUUAUGUGUCACGUAUCAUUGAGCCGAUCACAUCGCGUUGCACCAAAUUCCGUUUCAAGUCGUUGGGUGAUGAGCAAAUGAUUUCGCGUUUGCGCCAUAUUUGUGAACUAGAGGACGUUAAAAUUGAUGAGAAUGCUUAUAAAUCUAUUGUGCAGAUAUCUGGCGGUGAUAUGAGACGUGCGAUAACUACAUUGCAGUCGUGCUACCGUCUUAAAGGCACAUCAAAUACCAUUAGUACGGCGGACUUGCUGGAAAUGUCGGGCAUUAUACCAGAAAAUUAUUUAGUAGAAUUUUUAGAAGUAUGCCAAGCUGGGAAUUAUUCAAAAUUGGAAGACUUUGUGCGGCAGAUAGGCUAUGAAGCUUAUAGUAUUGGUCAAAUGUUGGAGCAAUUCAAUGACUACGUUCUUCGAUGUCCGUCACUAACUAACAAACAAAAAGCGUUAAUCUGUGACAAGCUUGGUGAAUGCUCUUUUCGUCUACAAGACGGUGGCUCAGAAUAUCUACAGAUUAUGGACUUGGGUUGCGCAAUAAUACUGGCGCUCAAAUAGAAACUCUACGGAAUACGAAUUAUUUCAUAAUAAGGGGAAAAAUAUAUUUAAUUAAAAAGUACAAGCUGAAUUUAGUUUACUUUAAGAUCAUUAAAUUUUCUAUCAUUUUGCAAAA